GGUAGCGCCGGUGCUUAUCGCUUUUCCGGAAGCGCGGGAGUCUUGGUUUUUGCAGGCUUGGCUUAGGCAGCUGUACGGUAGUACCGUUAAAGGCUUCGUUUCCCUGAGACUUUACGGCCAUUUGAGGCGACAUGGCUCCGGGCGAGAGAGGAACAGGCGGUGGCAGUGGAGGGGCCGCUGCUACCUCAGGCUGCCCGUAGGGAGGGAGCCUGAAGGUCCUCUCCGUCGUUUGGGCCUGUGCUUACUUCUUUUGCAGUGAUACUGCCUACAGCGAAGAUGAGCUCAGUCUGGGUCACCUCUUUCGAGAAGAAGCAUCUCUGGAUGUAUCUGCAGGCGCUCGGUUUCGAGCCAGGCCCGGCCACCGUUGCCUGCGGAAAGAUCGUGUCGCACACGCACCUCGGAGUGAACAUGUUUGACAAGUUGAACCGUGAUGCCUUUCAAAUCGUUUCUUAUUUUUUGUUCCAAACACUGGACCAGUCUCUCACCAAAGAAGUUUUCAAGCUUUGUUGGCCUCCAUUUGACCAAAAGAGUGACACUGAAUUCCGGAAACAUUGCUAUGAAUGGUUAAAAAAGAUUUCUGUGGAAUGUGGAGGGAGCUUUCCUCAAGUUGUUGGUUCACUAUUUCUUUCUCCUGGUGGUCCUAAGUUUAUUCAUCUGAUGUAUCAUUUUGCAAGAUUUGUUGCAAUAAAAUAUAUAAAAACCCAUUCUAAAAAGUCUUCUAUACGUUUUACAGAGACAUUUAAUGUAAAGCCACAAGAUAUGCACAAAUGCAUUGCCAGAUGCCAUGUAGCACGUAAUAGAUUUUUACACGUUUUGCAAAGAGAAGACUGCAUUACCCAAAAGUAUCAAGAAAAUGCACAGUUGUCAGUUAAACAGGUACGAAAUUUGAGAUCAGAAUGUAUGGAACUGCAAAACCAAAUAAAAAAAAUGGAACCCUAUGAUGACCAAAGUAAUCUGCAAGAGAAAAUCCAGAAGGUUCGGUCUUUGUGGGCUUCAGUGAACGAAACACUCAUGUAUUUGGAAAAAGAAAGAGAAGUUGUUAAUGCAGUCCUUAAUCUUGUUAACCAAUAUACUUUAGAUGGAACUAACGUUGCUAUCAAUAUUCCAAGUCUCUUACUUGACAAAAUAGAGAAACAAAUGUGUCAGGUAAGCAUCUAUACACCUAAGCAACAAAACCAAGAAAGUGAUUGCAGGAGGGCCAGUGAUAUACCGGGAACUGUAUAUGAUCUAGGCAACAGACCUGCUUCUUCACAGCCAGUUUCAUCAUCGGAUACAAAUGGUGUUAGAUUACUUGAGAAGGAUGUGAAGACACGGACUCCCAGAGAAGGAAAUGAAGCACCUUCUAAGAAGACGCCAAAAUUUGAAAUGGAAGACUCUCUGUCAUCAACUACUGCAAGGAGUACAGAGAAUACUGCAUUUGCAGAGUCUCUGCCAGCUAAAAAUAGGGAUCCCUUCCAAAAAGAGCAAGAUCAUCUGGUAGAAGAGGUUGCAAGGGCGGUUUUAUCUGAUUCACCACAGCCCUCUAAAGGAAAAGAAGUAAAAUUAGAGGAACUAUUUGAUUCUCUAGUGUCUAACCCAUUCUUAACAAGGAACCAAAUUCCCCGAACGCCAGAAAACUUGAUAAGUGAAAUUAGGAGCUCAUGGAGAAAAGCUGUCGAAAUGGAAGAUAACAGAAGUACAGAACCAAUUCAGGUGGAUACUGAACAGAGAGAAGUAUUGCCCGAAUCCUUACCUGUGUUACAUAAUCCAAGAGAAAUUAGCAGGACCAGCUUUCUCUCAGCAAACACAGUAUCCAAUUCUAGCCAUUCCCAUUUGCCUGAAGAGAAAGUUGUUUCAGAUUGCCUCAAGUGUGUGCCUCAGAAACGUUUGGUGACCAGUCACAUAGGUGGACCGUCAACACAAAAUCAGUCAGAUUUGUUAAGUAAGAAAUUAAUGCGCAAGCAAGGUUUGGAGUGUGCGGCGUUACAGAACAAGCUUUUAGAAACGAGCCAAACAGAGACAGUCUCCCCUGCUGUAGGUAAUAGGAGAGUUGUGUUGGGUGGCAGUGAAGAGGAGUCUUCUCUGGACCACUUGCAAGCUUCUUACAAGGAACCUUUCAUGCAUAAAAGUAUGUUAUGGGACUCUUUUCAAAUAUCAAGUGGAACUAGUUCCAGGAGUUUAAAGGAUAUUGAUUUUGGCAUAUUACAUGAAACCUUUCCAGAAGAAGUUGGUAACUUAAGUCUUAAUAGCUCCAGUAGUACAGAGGCCAAUUUUAAACUGGAGCCAAACAGUCCUAUGCACAGUGGCAUUUUUCCAGAAGAUGUGGGAGAAAGACCAACUACUCCAGAAUCAGACUGUAAUUUACAGGCUAUUUGUUGUAGAUAUGAGGCUCUGAAAAAAUCUCUAUCCAAGAAAAGGGAAGAAAGUGACCUCUCUAAUCCUGAAACACUUGAAGGACACAAACCAGAAUUGAGCCCUAUUCCCACAAACAUGCAAACAGAUGACAUGCUUGACUUUUUGGGCACUCAUGAUUUGCACGUUGACUAUACAAAACCAUCUUUACGCAUGUCCCUUGGUGAAAGAAAACGGUCUCUUUCACCACUAAUUAAGUUUUCUCCAGUGGAACAAAGAUUGAAAACCGCAAUACCAUGUAGUCUUGGAGAACUUCUACCUAAUUUAAAAGAAGAAGAAAUCUUGACUAAGAGCCUUGAUACAAAUGAAUUUCCGUCAGACUUGAGGAGAUGAAGCAGGAGCCCAAUUAAUUUAACUAUGAUGUACUUACAUUUCAAGCAGUGUCACAGGAUAAAAACGAAUUUAUAAUUUAAAUACAUGUUGGAAGUAUAACUCUUUCAAGGUCUGAAAAAUCCUAAAUAAUGCUUUUAGCAAACAUUAGUUUUUAGGUAGAGAGUAUGUUUGGAUUUUCUCUUUGUAUGGAUCUGGGGUUCAAAUGUGAAGUAUUUGGGAAGCAGACAUCAAGUUUUGUGAAGCCAUUUUGGUUCCUCGAAUAAUGUGUAAGCAUUAAGUAAAUAGCAAAGUAUUAGUUUAAUUUAUUAUAAUUUCAGUUGAUUAACAAAACGAGUGGUUUUUGAUAUACUUUUAUUAACUGGUUAACAUAAUAACCAUUGAAUACUGAUCUUUCAUUUUAGGGAAAUACAUAACUUUUAUUGUUUCUUUAUGGAACAUUAUAGUACUAACCAAAAAAAAGAGAAAAGUAGUACCUUGGGACAUGUAGUCAAGGUGAGAAAAGUUUAAGUUUGGGAAAGCUCUAAACAGGCUUAAUGAUUAUUUAAGUAGUAGGUUGGUCCUGGAAAAUGUUCGAUGGAAUACAGUGUAUGUGAUGAUAAGUGAAGACUGGGGUAGAGUGAAUUUAGAAAAAAGGAAAAAGAUGGAAGAUGAUUAGACACUUUUAAGGAACACUGUCAAACUAUAAAUCCAUUCAAUGGGUUGUACAGCAGAUUUAUAUUUAGUCUAAUUUAGACUGAGAAUUUAACCCUAGUUUUAUAUUUUAACAGAAAAAAAUGUAAAUUAAAAAUUUAUUAGUUUCUGUUUACUGUUGUUGGUUUAUUUGGGGGGGCAUGGUUUUAAGGGAAAGCAGCUAAUUUUUAUUGUUUUACUUUCCUUUUCAAAAACCAUCAGUAUGUCACAGGCUAUGAGUAGCUUCAGAAUAACUUGAGAAAAUUGAAUUUGGGGUAUUUGGGUCAGUGUCACAGUUAAGUCAGUGGUGAAGCUAGGAUUUGACCCUAUUUUCCUUCCUUAAUAUAUCACGGGACCUUCUAGAAGUAACUAAAGGGCCAGGGUAAAGCAUAUGGCCACAUGAGUUGGCCUCCUAUUGAUCUUGUGGACUGAAUGGGAGUCAGAGGUGAGGCCUCUUGUACAGUAACAUGCCUCACUCUCUCUGACCCCUGGCUGAGAAAAUGGCUUGUCUCUACCAUCCAGGUGUAUACAUGCCAUCGCCCUCUGUGAACCAGGAGCAAUGAGCAUGCACUGGAAAGGUGAUAGCGCCUGCGGUACCCCUCUGUCCAGCCCCAGUUAUUAACCAUCAAAACCUUGUCCAUUUGUCAAGAAACCAGUAAGGAGAGGAGAGAAGUUGGAAGGGGAGAGUUCUGGAGGUGGAUGGGCUUAAUUGUUCAUCUCUCUUCAUUCGUUUUGGGCUUUCACUAAGUUGUUUGAUCCCAGUUUGAAGACCAGUCUUUUUGUGACAAAAGACUGAAGAAAAGCACAUACAACUCCCUUAUUUGCAGUGGGGGAAAAAAAGAGGAAGAGCAGUUUCUCUUAGGGUGCUAUAUUCCUUUAUUAGUUAAUACAACAAAUCAGGGACUGGGAACAAAUCAGAUCUGGGAAACUAUCCUCUAGUCUGCCGUAAGAAAACCCACUAACCUGUAAAUCCAAAAUUAACAUAUUAGGGAGGAGGUAGGGCUAUUAGCACCAAAACGUGCCAGGGCCAUUUCUAGACAUUAAUACAUAUUGUUUCAUUUAACUUCAUAACUCUACUGUAAGAUAGUUGUGAUUAUACCUAUUUUACAGUGAUACUGCAGCUAGGAGCUUAAAUGACUUGUCUAAGGUGGACUCAAGGAAUCAUCUGGGAUACGUCCUAAAAAUUGUAGAUUAUGUAGGUCUAAAAUGGGGAUUAAGAAUCUACAUUUUAAAUAUGCUUCUCUGGUAAUUCUUAGGGUCAAUAAAAAGACUGAGAAUCAUCCUGGGGGAUAUAGAGUCACAUUUAGCCCUGGAGUAUCUUCAAGAAGCAAGUAUAUUAUUACAUAUGUACUGCUUUAGGGGUUAAUUGAUAAGGAAGCCCAAGUUCGCCAUUAAGGGUGGGAGGCCCUUAAUUCCUGAGAAUCAAAAGAUCAAAAUGUCUCUGGACAAUAUGGAUUGACAAAAACCACAUUGUUAAGUGAGUCAUACCUGGAAUAGGUUGGGAGUUUUGGCAUUCUUUCUUGUCCUUUAUAUGCCAGUAGUAUUAACAAAAAUCUCUCUGAUCUAUCAUUUUCUCCUAAACCUUUGUGAUUAUGACCUAACUGCCUUUAAGCUCUUUCCUCUCCAGUAUUGCUUGCAUAGCUACCCUUUGACUUUAAGGGACUAUUUUGAUCACUUGGUUUAAAAUUCCAUUAAUGGUUUAUUGCUAAUUCCAGAAGAGAGUUAAAAUUUAAAGGCACAUUAUGUCCCCUAUGUGGAUUCCUCUAUUCCCCUUCCACUGUUGUUUACCAUUUUUUUACUGAACUGCUUUGAUGAGAGUGGUUCUUUAGAAAUCUUAAUUCACGAUUACAGCUGCCCUUUAAGGCUCAGACCAAAUGUCACUUCCACCUUGAAGUCCUAAUCUGUCCCUUCCAUUCCGUUGAUUUAGCCCUUCUCUAAAAUCUGUAGUUUAUCUUUUAUUCAUUUAGUAUUUUUCACUUAGUGCUUUUAUCAUAUUUUUUCAUGGUUGUAUGUGAUCUUUCCAGUCAUACCGAGGAUAUACAUAUGGACACACAUACCUUUGGAGACGUAGGAGGUGUGUGUUCACACAGAAAUAUCCUCAAGGGCCAUGGAUCAUUUUUAGCAAAUACUUACGUAUGGAAUUGUUUUCUUUGCCCUUUUUGUGAUGGGAUUAAAAUAAUGGUAGAGGGCUACUUCAUUGCUGUAAAUGUACUUUUUCUCAUUACAUUCAUCGCAGAUUAUACGGAAUGUACCUCAUUUUAUUCACUAUUUGUAAGAUAAAGGUGUAAACUGACUUUUGUGUCAACUUAAAACUUCAGUAACGAAUGACAGAAUGUCCUAAUUGUUUUAAAUGUUUAAAGAGGACGCGAGCAUGUAAUAUUUAACAUGAAAAAUGUUACCAAGUGGAUUAAAGAGUAUUUGAGGCUAAAAAAAACAACAGCAACAAAACAUUUUGGGGGAAUUUAACUGAAAAAAAUACAAGUAUUUUGAAACCAUUCUUUACCAUGAUUUAUGAAGUCAGUUUUAUCUAAGGGAAAAAAACAGGAAUUCUUGAGAACUUUAUAAAGGAAACCUUAUUUUUUUCCUACUCUUAGAAUUCUAAAUUAAACAAAAUAAAUGUUUAAGGACAUUUUCCUUAAUGUAAAAGUACUUACAAAGGUAAAAUUCUUUCAUAUUAUCUUGCAGAUCCAUAGUUUCUUUCUCCUUAGGCACUGUGCAAGUCAAUCCACAUGCUAUAUUUAAAAUAUUUGUGAGUCCUCUAUGGGACUAUUUGUAAAUAUGUCCUAUUUACUAUAGACUUGAAUAAACAUACAAUAGUAUA